GCCCCUUGCCUUUUUUUAACACCCCUCGAGCUCCUUGUCUCUGCCUGGUUUUCUGAGCUGGUGCUGAGACGUUAAGCCCAGGGAGGAAGCGUGGCUGCUGUGUGCCUUGGCUUGGGAUACCUGGAUCUGACAGUGGUUUUGUGAGGGAAGGAAAUUGGAAAACACUCCAGACAUCCAGAUAUUCCAAGAUGGUGAUCUCUGCACAUUAGUUAUUGCGGAAGCAUUUGAAGACGAUACGGGCCGGUACGCCUGUACAGCCACCAACUGCUUUGGAUCGGACAGCACGUCUGCUGAGAUCUAUAUCGAAGGUGCGUCUUCUACGGAUUCAGAAGGUGAGGGAGAGAUGUUUCACUCACAUGCUGGUGGCAUGUCACAGGCACAGAAGAAGACGACCUCGGUGUCCCUGACGAUAGGAUCACCCCACUCCAAGAAGGCAGCGGGUUCCCCUGACAUACAGCAGGUCCGCUCCACUCUGGUUCAGUCUAUAUCCAUCCCGGCGCCCCAGAUCCAGAGUCCUACACCUUGCGUACCAGUCCAGGAUGGAAUCUCCUCUCCUGUCUUUACGAAGGUCUUGCAAGAUGUCACUGCAUCAGAGGGUCAAGUCGUGGUGCUGGAGUGUCGAGUGAAGGGAUCUCCUCCUCUCAAAGUCGAAUGGCAGAGGCAAGGAACAGAAAUAGAGGACUCACCAGAUUUCCGAAUCCUUCAAAAAAAGCCUCGAACAGCUAUUGAUCCUGCAGAGGAGAUCUGCACCCUGGUGAUAGCAGAAACCUUUGUGGAAGAUGCCGGGAGGUUCACCUGCACAGUCACCAACCCCUUUGGCUCUGCGUCGUGCAAUGCUCAUCUCACGGUCUGCCCAGGUGUUGAAGUUUCGUCAAACAAUGGAAGUGACUUAAUGGACAGUCUUAGCCCGUCGCCUCAGACUGAGAUCAGUUCUCUAGAACUGCCUCCCAAGAGGAUAGUUGAUCCUGUCCAGGUGAACAGCCUUGAGAUCAAACCAAGCGUGGCUGCCUUCCAGCUGGAGCUGAACUCGACUGAUAUCAAGACUAAUGGCACCUCAUCCAGCCAGGAGCUCAACGGACCAAACCAUGGACAACCAAUACAGUCCAGCAUCCUGCUACCUUCUCCCGUGAAGGAACCACCACCGCUCGCUGCCAAACCCAAACUUGAUCCACUGAGGCUACAGCAACUGCAGAACCAGGUCCUACUGGAGCAGCAAGCCGGGAGACAAGGCCAGCAGACCCUCGAGCUCUUACUGUGCUCGCCAAAUUCCACCCAGCCGCCCCCCGCCCCAAUGAGCGUGCUGAACCCCCACACUCCGUCGCCAGCCAUGCAGCAAACAACGGCUUUCAAUUACGCUCGGCCAAAGCAGUUUAUUGCCGCUCAAAGUCUCUCAUCUUCUGCCGGGUACCUGUCUCCUUCCGGGUCUUCGGGCUCUAAUCUGUCCUCGCCCCUCUCUCCGCCCAUCACGCACAAGCCCUUGAACCGGGUGGCCCUGCCCUCGUUUUCCCAGGGGGAGGGCGAGCAUCAGCCCCUAGGCUCCGGCUUGUCAUGGAGCCCCCGUUCGCCUUCCCCUCCUCUCCCCCCUCCACCGCCCGUCCACAGCCCUCCCGCUUUCUACCCGCAAGACUCCUACCCACUGCCGCCACCUCCGCCACCUCUCAUCACCUCCCCAACGCAGCCCCCCUACCUAUCCCCCUCAGCUGGUCGGGCUUCCCCUCACUCCGGCCAAUCACCUGCUGCCUUCCUCAGCUCCAUGUUGCCAUCACAAUCAGUUGUGUCAACCGUCAACGCUUUGGGCCUACCGAAAGGAGCCAUCCCAAUAACUCCGCAGAGCCUGAAGAGAAACAGCCGGACUCCUCGCCUGGCAACAGACGAAGAAAUCCAGGGAACAAAGGAUGCGGUCAUUCAGGACCUCGAGAGGAAACUACGCUUCAAAGAUGACCGGAUGAGCAAUGGCCAGAGAUUGACCUAUGAAGAAAAGAUGGCGCGCCGACUACUGGGAGCAGACAAUGUUGCCACUGUCUUCAAUUUUCAGGAGGCUGAGGAGGACCCUGUGGCCCAGGAGUACAAAGUCUCCACCUUUGAACAGAGGCUGAUUAGCGAGAUUGAGUUCCGGCUGGAGCGCUCCAAGGUGGAUGAGUCCGAUGACGAGGUCUCACACGAGGAGCUGCCUUCCCAAUGCAUAGCCCCGGCCUUUGAGAGGAAGCUGAAGCACGUCAAGCUGUACGAGGGCACGCCCGUCACCUUCAUGUGCAAAGUCACUGGACAGCCCAUGCCAAAGGUCUACUGGUUUAAAGAUGGCAAUCAGAUUUCCAAGCACAGCGAGCACUACCAGAUUCGUCGUGAGCUGGAUGGGACUUGUUCCCUCCAUACCAAAGCUGCUACGCUGGAUGACGAUGGGAAUUACACCAUCAUGUUGGCUAACCCUGUGGGUAGGACUAGCUGUACAGGACGGCUGAUGGUUCAGACUGUGAGCCAGAGGGGACGGUCGCCCCGUUCCCCUGCAGGACAAUCACCUGGGAGAAGACCUCGAUCCCGAUCCAGGGACAGCGGAGAGGAAGUGGAAACCAUCCAGGAGCGUUUCUUCCGACCUCACUUCUUGCAGGCUCCGGGCGACAUGGUCAUUCAGGAGGGGAAGCUCUGUAGAAUGGAUUGUAAGGUGAGUGGGCUCCCAACUCCCGACCUGAUAUGGCAGUUGAACGGGAACCAGAUCCGGCCAGACAGCAGCCACAAGAUGCUGGUGCGCGAGAAUGGCGUUCACUCCCUUGUCAUCGAGCCUGCCACAGCCAGGGACGCGGGGAUGUACACGUGCAUUGCCACCAACCGGGCAGGGCAGAACUCCUUCAGCCUUGAGCUCGUCGUUGCAGCCAAGGAGAUGGUGAGAGCCCCGGCAUUUAUUGAGAAGCUACAGAACACCGGGGUGGCAGAAGGCUAUCCGAUACGGCUGGAGUGCCGGGUCUCCGGUGUGCCGUAUCCACAGAUCUUCUGGAAGAAGGACAACGAAUCCCUGACGCACAACACCGAGCGAGUGAGCAUGCACCAUGACAACAGAGGUUAUAUUUGCCUGCUAAUUCAGCCAACCACAAAGGAGGAUGCUGCCUGGUAUACCGUUUCUGCAAAGAAUGAGGCUGGAAUAAUAUCAUGUACUGCCAAGCUGGAUGUUUACUCCCCCCAGUGGCAUCAGACCCCUGUCUCCAAGCCUAAGAAAGUGCGUCCCUCGGCGAGUCGCUACGCCGCACUCACUGACCAAGGACUGGACAUCAAGUCAGCAUUCCUGCCUGAAGCCAACCCCAUCCACCUGGGCGGUCAGAGCGUCCUGGUGGAGAGCGAUGACCUGUAGCCAAACCCUCGAGAGUCACCAGGAUUACACAUCGGGAGAGAACAUGGGAGGCAACACACCUCUCAGUUGGAGUGACUGCAACCUGGCAAAGUCAGGGCAUGCCGAAAACAUUUUUAUUCUUCAUUUUGAAAUGCAAAUCAAUACAAAAAAAAAGCAGGGGAUGACGUGACAAAAUAUAGGACUGAUGUCGGAGGAGAAUAUUUUGGUGGACCGACAAGAAUUUGGAGUGGAAUGAAUUUCGCACAUGCACACAUUUUGUUAUCCAAGUCUCACCUUGCACGGCUAAAUUGUGUCAUAGGUAUUUUGCUACACAGUGGCGAUGAAUUAUUAUUAGUGGUUAUGUGCACAUUAGUAAACAGAUAUUAAAAAUUACAUACAAUUAUUGUAUAUAUCAGGUAACCAGUCUUGCUAAGAGCCUGAGCUAAAGCCAUAUUAUUCAGAUGGAAAUGUGAUCUAUUCUGUUGGGGAAGAGUACAGCAGGGAGUUUCGGAAAUAGUUGCAAUGUUGGGACUGAGGCAUUGGAAAGGGUCUAGAGGAGGUUCAUGAGAAUGGCAGAGUUCACAUAUUGAUGACUCUGGGCAUGUGCUCACUGGAGUUCAGAGGAAUCAGUGGGGAUCUCAUUGAAAUCUAUUGAACCUUGGUAGAGUGGACAUUGGUGAAGAUACUUCCUAUAUUGGCGAAGUCUAGGACCAGAGGACACAGUCUCAGAACAGAGGGAUGUCCAUUUCAAACAGAGAUAAGGAGGAAUUUCUUUAGCCAGAAGAUGGUGAAUCUGUGGAAAUCUUUGCCACAGGCUGCUGUGGAGGUCAAGUCAUUGGGUAUAUUUAAAGGGGAGAUAGAUAGGUUCUUGAUUAAUAAGGGUGCCAAAUGUUAUAGGGAGAAGGAGGUUGAGAGGGGAAAUAAGGUGGAGAAUGUUGUUUUUGAGAGGUAAUAAAUCAGCCAUGAUAGAAUGGCAGAGCAGACUUGAUGGGCCAAAUAGCCUAAUUCUGCUCCUAUGUCUUAUGAUGGUCAUAGGCAUUCUGGAAGCCCUGAUUCAGAACUAGUUAACAUUAUGGGAAAGGUUUGAUCUCAUGUUUUGGGCCUUUCAGUUUGAGAUGAGAUGAUGGCUGAGAGCAGGUUGUUUUGUGAAGGAUGAUGUUGCCUUCCUCACACCCGACAUCCCUCACUCAGUUUUCUUUGCAGAUGUCCUGCCAAGUCACAAUGUCCUGGCUCAAGCAGCCAGUGAGGUAGGGCUUGCUGAGACUGUUAAACCUGUGCACUACCAGUCAUUUUGGCAGCAGCCUCUGUGUUAGACAGCAGCGGGUGUGAGACUGGUAGUGUUGACUGUGUAGGGUUGGUGAAGGAGCAUAUGUAUCAUGAACCAGCCUCCUAACGAGAAGUUGGUCCAUUUCCCUUGCUGUCAAAAUUGGCAGGCUGCUGGCCAGUGGUGAGGUACAUCUCCCCUCCAUUCCAUGUCAAGUUAUUGGUGGUAGAGGUGGGCUUGGAAUAUGGGCAAGGUUACAGCUGUGACGCCCUGGGGAGGAUCAGUGCUGUUGGAGCAUUGCUAAUGAGGCACUUAUCACAAAGGAUCCGUGAACCUGGCUCACCCAACCCUCGUUCCAACGGGUCCAGGCACAAUCUGAUUAAACAUUCAUGUUCAGCGUGUGUAACAGUGUACCAGGUCAGGUUCAGAGGCUUAGUGUUGGCACACGUAUCCUCUGUUCUUAAUCAAUAAACCAUGUAUGUGCCUCACACAAGUGCUCUGGGACAGGUUGGGUCUGGGAAAGAUUCUAAGUCCUCAAACUCAGAGCAGGUUCCUAACGGCCAAGGUUCAGGUGUUAAGUAUAGACCUAAGAAGAUCUCCAGCAAGGAGCGUGAUAACCUCCGUCCUCUCUAACACCUCAUCCUCUCCAUCUGCGACUCCGGCAUUGACACAAAGAUUUAUUUGUCACAUGUACACAGGAGCAUACGGUGAAGUGGGCUGUUUGUGUCAGUGACCAAUGCAGUCCAAGAAGGUGCUGGGGGCGUCCCACAAGUGUUGCCUUGUAUCCGGAGCCACAGCUCACUAGCCCCAACCCGUACAUCUUUGGAAUGUGGGGGAAAUGGGGGGCACCUGGAGGAAACCCACGCGGUCACAGAGAGAACCUACAAACUGCUUACAAACAGCAAUGGGAAUCGAAGCCUAGACAGUGGCGUUGUAAAGCGUUGUGCUAACCACUAUGUCACCCUGCAGCCGGAAAGGUGACUACAGGCCUCUGCCAGGAGGGGAGGCCAUGCUGAUGGUCGUGGUCAUCCACUGCCCAAACCAACCCAGGUAGAGAUGAUUUAAGGCAGGACUCAGCACCAUUGGGAAGUGGGUCGUUGAUGUCCAUGUUGCAGUAACGCACACCAGCAGCUACUCAACUUCUACUCAUUACCCCAAGAAAUAGAAAAGACUCAGCAGGUCAGGCAGCAUCUAAAGAGCAGAGAACACAUUUCAUGUUUCAGUCCUGACCUCUUACAAGAAGCUUUACACUCAAUAGCCACUUUAUUAGAUGAAUCCUAUACCUAACAAAGUGGCCAUUGUAGCCCAUCCACUUCAAAGUUCAACAUGUGUGUUCAGAGAUGUUUUUCUACACACCACUGUUGUAACGUUGCCUUCCCAUCAGCUUGAACCAGUCUGGCCAUUCUCCCCGGCCUCUCUCAUUAACAAGGCAUUUUUGCCUACGGAACAGCCACUCACUGGAUAUUUUUUGUUUCUUGCACCAUUCUCUGUAAACUCUAUAAACUGUUGUGCUUGAAAAUCCCAGGAAGUCAACAGUUUCUGAGAUACUGAAACCAUCCUGUCUGACACCAACAAUCAUUCCACGGUCAAAGUCACUUAGAUCACAUUUCUUCCCCAUUCUGAAGUUUGGUCUGAACAACAACUGAACCUCUUGACCAUGUCUGUAUGCUUUUUAUGCAAUGAGUUGCUGAUCAGAUAUUUGCAUUAACGUACAGGUGUAUUUAAUAAGGUGCCACUGAGCAUAACAAUCUGGCUUCUGUCUUCUAUGCCAUUCAUGAACCAGCCGUUUUUUUUUAGCAAUCUAAUAGUUUUGUGGUAGUGACACCAGCUUUUCUUUGUAAUUAACUGUAACUACCUGUCUUGGUGAGGUUUGAUCUUGUGUCACUGGGACCUCUGGCCAAGUAAUGAGGCCAACUUGAUAUAUUAUGUUGAAUGGGAAGGUUUAGGUGGCAGUGAUGGUCAUUGUCUCUGUGACACAGAAACCUGCUUCAAUUCUGCAAAUUCAUUUAGUUUGAUACAAUAAAGACUCAUUCUAAUGCCUGGGUUAAUCGUGGGGAGUCUGUGGGCUCCAAUAUAGAUAUUGUUUCAUGAGACACAGGAGUAGAAGUCGGCUCUUUGCCCAUUGAGUCUGCUCUGCCAUUCACUUAUGGACGAUCUAUUAUCCUCACAAUGCCAUGAAAGGAUAAGGAAUGGAAUGUACUGACAUUUUGAAAGGAUAAUGGAAUGUACUCAAUUCCCAGAAUCCCUUUGUCCCCAGUUAAAAUUACACACAACGGAAAGCAACUUAAUGUAAAUAGAAAACCCAUUGCAGAAACCAAGGCCUCAGUCCAGGUCUGGGUCGAGUCUGGUCUUUUCUAAUAACCUGAUCUCCUGGUGGAGGUCGUAGGUGGUGGGGUUGUUUCACCCAUGUCCCAGUGCUAACAUCAUUCACUUGAAGACCUCAUGCCAAGUUUAAUUUUUGUUUGGAAACCAUGGUAACUUGACUCCCUGGUAGAUGUUUAGGGGUACAUGGGAUGGGAGGGGGAGGUAUCUUGGAUAAACCCAACACAUAAAUGAAGAGGGUCCAGAGGAGGUUCAUGAAAAUAAUCCCAGGAAUUGAAAGAGGAGUGUCUGAAGGCUCUGGGUACUCGCUGGAGGUUAGAAGAAUGAGGGGGGAUCUCAUUGAAACCUCUUGAAUACUGUGAGUAGAGUGGCUGUGGAGAGGAUGUUUCUGAAAGUGGAAGAGUACAGGGCCAGAGCGCACAGCCUCAGAAUACAAGGAUGUCCCUUUAGAACGGAGAUGAGGAGGAAUUUCUUUAGCCAGAGGUUGGCAAAUUCAUUGUCACAAAUAGUUAUAGAGGCCAAGUGAUUGGGUAUAUUUAAAGUGGAGAUUGAUAUGUCUUCAAUAGUUAUGCGGAGAAGACAGGAGUAUGUGGUUGAGUGGAAUAAUAAAUCAGUCAUGAUGGAUUGGCAGAGCAGAAUGGAUGGGAUGAAUGGCCUAAUUCUGCUCCAAUGUCUUAUGAUGUCAUAGAGUCGUACAGCAUCAAACCUGGCCCUUUGGCCCAAGUUAGCUCUACUUUGUUAGUUUUGUUGGGUCUGCUCCUACGUCUUAUGGUCUACAAAUGGUGCAUUACUGGAAGGAGAUAGGAACAUAGUGAAGGCAUUGGGAUGUGCCCAGCAACUACACAAUGGUACCACGGAGCUUUGCAAUGUAUAGAACAUGCCUGUACUCAAAGGAAUAAUGCGCAUAUUCUUUAUUUAAAAUAGGCAAAAGUUUAAGUGUAACUUAGCUCAGUUUUGUUGUUUGAGAUAUUAUGUUGAGAUUUGUUCUAUUAUUAUUUCGUACUGUAUAUCCCAGCCUUUCAGUUCACUAUUUUAUAAGGAGAAUGUUGUCGAAGAUGAGUGAAACUGGUUUCAUCCAUUUAGUGAUUGUUUUUAAUUCAAGGUAAGAUUAGCUUUGAUAUGAAUUUGAACUCUGACCAUGGACAGAAACAGGAGUGGGUACGAAUCCAGGCAGAAUGGGAACAUUAGGUAACAGCGCUUGCAAACUCUCCAGGUCUGUACUUCACAUCAACCUGAAAGUAUUCAAACCUGACCUGUUGGUGUAUUCCUGCAACCUCACCUGCCUAGUGCUGAGGGCUCACUUUUGCAAUUUAUGGUGACAUAUUUAAUGGCAAAAGCUUUUUGUUCCCCUGUGACCAUGUAAAGUUUUUUUUUAACAUGCUGCAUUUGCUACUUUUGGAUUGUUCUGAUUUUUUUUUUGUGUUGGAGGGGUUUAAAUUUAAUAAAAAUUCUGGAAUAA